CUUCAGUCCGCAUCUCUCUCUCUCUCUCUCUCUCUCUCUCUCUCUCUCUCUCUCUCUCUCUCUCUCCUGUAGAAACCUGCGCUCCUGUGGAAAUAUUUCGCUUUUCAAUGCAUUGCUGAUGGAUCUGUUCUCCUGAAUGUUUCCUGCAUCACAUUCUCGUGUAUUUCUGUGAAUAUGAAGGUCUGGAUCAGUCUUUUCGUGUUGAUGUUCGCCUGGUCUGCAGAGACCGCACAGAAACAAGACGUGCCAGUGAUAGAUGUGUUGAGUUUGGAUGAUGUGAAGCAGAAUGUGGCUGCAGUGGAGAAGGUCUCUUUAGCUCUGAAGACUCUCAGUGAUGUGUAUGUGUUGUCUAACUUCCGUCUGCCUCCUAAACUGGGUGGAGUUCUGCUGGGCCUCUACAACAAGCAGGACAACAAGAAAUACCUGGAGCUUGCCAUCAUGAGCAAAAUUAACAAAGUUCUUGUCCGGUAUGUUCGUGAAGAUGGAAAACUGCACACAGUGAAUCUGCAGAGCCCAAAUGUUGCAGACGGACGUACUCAGUCUCUUAUUCUCCGUGUCGGUGGCCUGCGCAGAGAGUACCUGAGCCUUGAGCUCUAUGUAAACUGCCGGCUGGCUGACUCUGCCCAGCGGCUGCCCCAAUUGGUCACUCUGCCCAAAGACGCAGAGCUGGUGGAGAUUCGUAAUGGCCACAAGGCUUAUGCUCGGAUGCAGGGCUCGAUGGAGUCUCUUAAACUGGCACUAGGGGGCACAGUUGCUCAAGCUGGGGCUCUCACUGACUGCCCCUUUCAGGGAGACGCAUCUUCAUAUAAUACAGUGACUGGUGAGGUGAAUUCUAUUCUAGGGGACCACACUAAAGCUCUGAUUGGACAGCUCAUCAUAUUUAAUCAGAUCCUAGGAGAGUUGAGAGAAGACAUCAGAGAACAGGUGAAAGAAAUGUCUCUAAUCAGGAACACUAUUCUGGAGUGCCAGAUGUGUGGAUUUCAUGAGCCGCGCUCACGCUGUCAGCCCAACCCCUGCUUUAAGGAUGUGGCUUGCAUGGAGACGUUUGAUUUCCCAGGGUACCGCUGUGGCCCCUGUCCAGAGGGCACGAUAGGGAACGGCACACACUGUCAGGACAUAGAUGAGUGUGCCGCAGCUCAGCCAUGUUAUUCACCAGGUGCCUGUGUUAACACAGCAAAAGGUUUUACUUGUGAGCCCUGCCCACUAGGUUUGUGGGGCCCGCCUCUCUCUGGAGUCGGUCUGGAAUAUGCUAAAAAGCACCAACAGGAAUGCUCUGAUAUCGAUGAAUGUGUUGGUAUGGCCAGUGCUUGCACACCCAACUCCAUUUGCAUCAACACCAUCGGAUCAUAUAGAUGUGGUCAGUGUAAGGUUGGGUAUGUUGGGAAUCAAACAGCCGGAUGUUUUCCACGGAAAUCAUGCUCUUCCCUCAGUUUCAACCCCUGUGAUGUUAACGCUCACUGCAUCAUUCAGCGGAACGGAGACGUGACCUGCGCAUGUAAUGUCGGAUGGGCAGGUAACGGUCACACCUGUGGAAUGGACACAGAUAUUGAUGGUUAUCCAGAUCGCGCUCUGCCCUGCAUGGACAACGACAAGCACUGCAAACAGGAUAACUGCGUCUUUACGCCCAACUCUGGUCAGGAAGAUGCAGAUAAUGAUGGGAUCGGAGACCAGUGCGAUGAGGACGCAGACGGAGAUGGAAUAAAGAACGUAGAGGAUAACUGUCGGCUGGUGUCCAAUAAAGAUCAGCAGAACUCUGACACUGAUUCCUUUGGUGAUGCAUGCGAUAACUGUCCUACCGUCUCUAACAUUGACCAGAAAGAUACAGACAACAAUGGAGAGGGAGAUGCCUGUGAUGAGGACAUCGAUGGAGAUGGAAUCCAAAACGUGCUGGAUAAUUGUCCCAAAGUGCCGAACCCGAUGCAGACGGACCGAGAUGGAGACGGAGUGGGUGAUGCAUGUGACAGCUGUCCUGAGAUCAGCAACCCCAUGCAGACAGACAUAGACAAUGACUUAGUGGGGGAUGUUUGUGACACCAACCAAGACACUGAUGGAGACGGACAUCAGGACACUCGAGAUAACUGCCCCGACAUUCCAAACAGCUCUCAGCUGGACUCAGAUAACGACGGCAUCGGAGAUGACUGUGACGAUGAUGACGAUAAUGACGGGAUCCCAGAUAAUCAGACUAUCAGUGGCAUCGGACCCGAUAACUGCAGACUCAUUUCCAACCCCAACCAGAAAGACUCAGACAGUAACGGAGUCGGUGAUGUGUGUGAGAAUGACUUUGACAAUGAUGCUGUACUGGAUUUCAUCGACGUGUGUCCCGAAAGUGCCGAAGUCACACUCACAGAUUUCAGAGCCUAUCAGACAGUGAUACUGGACCCGGAAGGCGAUGCCCAGAUUGACCCUAAUUGGGUGGUGCUCAAUCAGGGUAUGGAGAUUGUUCAAACCAUGAACAGCGACCCAGGGUUGGCAGUGGGUUACACAGCGUUUAAUGGUGUGGACUUUGAGGGUACGUUUCACGUUAACACAGUGACUGACGAUGACUACGCCGGAUUCAUCUUUGGCUAUCAGGAUUCAUCCAGUUUUUAUGUGGUGAUGUGGAAGCAGACAGAGCAGACAUAUUGGCAGUCUAUCCCAUUCAGGGCCAUGGCUGAACCAGGCCUACAGCUCAAGGCGGUGAAGUCUCGUACAGGCCCUGGUGAGUUUCUUCGUAACGCUCUGUGGCACACAGGGAAUACUGAUGGAGAGGCAAAACUUCUGUGGAAAGACCCACGAAACGUCGGCUGGCAAGACAAAACUUCAUACCGCUGGCAGCUUACCCACCGGCCACAAGUCGGCUACAUCAGGGUGAAGCUCUACGAAGGCACCGAAAUGGUGGCUGACUCAGACGUUGUGAUUGACACCACCAUGAGAGGAGGGCGCUUGGGCGUUUUCUGCUUUUCUCAAGAGAAUAUAAUUUGGUCCAAUCUGCGCUACCGCUGUAAUGAUACAGUUCCAGAUGACUUUAAUCCACAUCGUAAACAGGUUCUUAUGCACAUAAAGGUGUGAGGAGAGUGAGAUGCCCUCUGUCUCUCUCUACACCCCCUGAAAUCCAGUGUGAGGCCACUGAUCUCCCGUGUUUGAUGGGACAAACAAUCAGGAAAGAAGAAAGAUUUACCCAGCAUUUACGUCUCCCUGGAUUGAAGAGACUGAGUGAAAGGAGAUAAAAGACUUUUAUUUGACUUUUAAUAUGUUCAUGUGUGUUGUGUAAGUGGAUAUGAGCGUAUAAGUGCGAAAGCGUUUAGAGUGUGUAUGCAUUAGCAAUAUGUCUUGAAAUAAAGGGAUUAUGUAUUUUCUAGAACAAAAUGAACACUCUAUAGUAGGCCUUCUUUUGCCCGAUAAUCCUUAUUAAUACAUAACAAAAACAAAGAUACAUUUUAAAAAUACACCAAAUUCUGUAUUCCAUCAAUUAGCCCCUUUCACGCAUGCAACCAGGUAAAUUACAGGAAAAUCACUAGGUCACUAUGUGACGUUCACACGUACCAUCAAAAUUGACAUUUAUAGGUAAUUAAAACUUGAAACAACUUCUCAUUAAGGGAAAUUACCAGAGCAAAGUUUACUAGUAUUUUCAAAAGGGUCGUGUUCACAGUUCACACAUGACCUAUAACCUGAAAAUUGCUGCAAAUUUUCUGGAAAAUGCUGUAUGUGUGAAAGGUGCUACUGACGAAUCAAAUAUAAGUCUUUCUACUCUGGGAUUCAUGCUCAAAGAUGGAAAAAGGUGUUAAUUUCAUGUAUAUAUUGUUAAAAAUGAUUAUGACAAAAUAAAACCAAGCAUCUAGGCCACUGUGAUAGCCAUUUUUAUGCUAGCCUUGAGGGGUUCUUCUCUGAAACUUUAUAGACCUUAUUCACAGCAGCACCAUCUUUGAUUUUUGACGGGAAUGACAACGAGGCUGUGAGGGAUCUCUUCAAAUUCAAAAUUGAACAACAGUUUUGUGUUUUUGGAUCGUUCCACUUAUGAAACUUUGAACAAGUAGCGUUCAAGUAAUGUUCGGUAGCCAAAAUUUUCCAGAAAACAUGAGUAUUGGACAAUUAGAUGUGAUCUAGGAGCUUUAUGAUGUGUCUUCAUACGUUUUCAAGUCAAAAAUAAAAGAUGGCGAUACUGUGAAUAAUUAAUACUUAAAGGAUUUAGUGCCACAAUCGGUUUUAGGAGUAAAACAUCAAGAGUUAAAAUUGAAAUAUAAACUGACAAAAGAAACAGAAAUCCAAAAUUCAACCACCCUGUUUUACACACACACACACACACACACACACACACACACACACACACACACUGGUGUUGAACAAACACCUGCAGUUUGGCGCCGCCCCAGCGGUUGAUCUGGCCAUGUGCCGUUGCUGUGGCGGGAGAUUCCAGCGGGGAGUCGCGUGUUCCUCG